GGCGCUGAGGCACCGCUUUCCGGCGGCGCCUGGCGAGGACCGCGAGUGGAGUGUGAGGCGGCCGCGUCGGCUUCUUCUGGGCCGGAGCGGGCGUCCGAGGGGCCGAGCCGGGCCGGUCGGGGCCUCCGCCCGCCGCUGGGCCGCGCCACACAACCGCCAACUCGUCUCCCUUCUCCGCGGAGGCUCCGCGCGGCCGGGCAGCGCGGCCGGGCCUCCGCCGGCGCCCGGGGCCUCCGGGGCCAUCCCGGGCUCAGCAUGCCCGGGGUGAAGCUGACCACCCAGGCCUACUGCAAGAUGGUGCUGCACGGCGCCAAAUACCCGCACUGCGCCGUCAACGGACUGCUGGUGGCCGAGAAGCAGAAGCCGCGCAAGGAGCACGUCCCCCUGGGCGGCCCGGGCGCCCACCACACCCUCUUCGUGGACUGUAUCCCCCUCUUCCACGGCACCCUGGCCCUCGCCCCCAUGCUGGAGGUGGCCCUUACCCUGAUUGAUUCAUGGUGCAAAGAUAAUAGCUAUGUGAUUGCUGGUUAUUAUCAAGCUAAUGAACGAGUAAAGGAUGCCAGUCCAAACCAAGUGGCAGAAAAGGUGGCCUCCAGGAUCGCCGAGGGCUUCAGCGACACCGCUCUCAUCAUGGUGGACAACACUAAGUUUACGAUGGACUGCGUGGUACCUACGAUCCACGUGUACGAACACCACGAAAACAAAUGGCGGUGCAGGGACCCACACCAUGAUUACUGUGAAGACUGGCCUGAGGCCCAGAGGAUCUCAGCGUCACUCCUGGACAGCCGGUCCUACGAGACCCUCGUGGAUUUCGAUAACCACCUGGAUGACAUCCGCAAUGACUGGACGAAUCCAGAGAUCAAUAAAGCUGUUUUGCACCUGUGUUAGGGAGGGACCUCAGUGACUGGUGUCUGGGCAUUUCUGCUACACUGAAGAAGAAUAGCUAUUUUUAAAUGUAAAUAAGAUAUCUCAUAGCCUGUAUGGAAAGCUGACAGUUUUCAGAAGUGGCAUGUGCUUGAAAGAGGGCAGAAUGUCCCGUCAGUCGUCUUUUUAACACAGAGUCUAGAAGAGGUGCAGACUGUCCAGGCUGACCCCCUGUGGAGGCUUCCCAGUUGUAUGUUGGCUGUCAGCCUCCAAAUCAAAGGUGUUUCUGCUUGUCCAAGAUGGUUCCUAUUAAACAGUUUGACCUAACCUUUUAUAAUCUGCAGAGGAUACUUUUUAAGGCUUAUAAACGAUCUUAAAAAAAAAAAAAAAAGCCCACAUCUUAUACCUGAAUGAGAGUGUCUGUGAGUUUUCAUCCUGUUUGAGUUACUGUCUUCCUGUCCUAGGACUGGGCAGGCGCGUGGCGUGCUGGUGCCCAGCGCUGCCUGAACGCCUGUGCAUCGGCCUUCCACCGUCGGGAGGCUGCGAACUGCACUGCCCUCACCAUGUCAGGCCCACAGAGCAGCCACGGCUCAACACAGCGGGGUACCACCACUGCUGCCUGGGCACCCGUCAUCCUUCAGGGUAGAAACAACGUCGUCGGUGAUGGGAGCUUGGAUGGGAGCACAGUGUAGUCUUCCCAGUCAGCCAGAAAGCCUGUAACCUGCAGGGUCAGAAAGGGGAAAUGGAGCUGUGCUAAGAUGACCUUAAAGCGGCAAGAGUCGGUCCUAACUCCCAGAUGACUUACAUGAUGGUCCAGAUGGUUCUAGUCUGUCUGUGUCUUCAAAAUAAUUGUUUAUUUUGUAUUUGAAGCAACAAAAGCAAAACAAAACUUAGACUCCUUGAGUCCUGCAGAGCGCUAUCAAUUUUUUUUAUUGAGUUCAUAAUAGUUUACAUCACUGUGAGGUUUCGGUUGUACGUUAUUUCUUGAGUGUCACCACAUGAGUGCUCCCCUUCACCCCCACUGCCCCCCCACUCCCUUCCCCCGGUAAGCACAGAACUGUUUUCUUUGUCUCGGUACUUGUUUCUGUUCCACGUAUGAGUGAAGUCACCUGGGGAUUGCCUUUCUCAGACUGAGAGCGCCAUCAUUUUUCUGCUUGGAACGUUUGGCCAGGCUUUGAGCCCAAUCAUAGGAGAUUGGUGGGGAAGCUUUAUGAUAGCAUUGCAUUUUUCUUUUUCAUAGGAAUUAUUUCAAGCAGAGUUCAGAGAACCGUACCUUUCCUCUGUCUUGUUUUUGACUACAUGAAGGAAAUUUGUAACAAUUGGAGUGAUCCAUUGAAAAGGCUUAUGACACAGCGUUCAUCAUCUUCUCUUAACAAGUAGGAAAACAUUGCAGACAUUGCUUCCAAUAGACGUGCUGUGCUGGACCCACAGAUCCUCUCUUCCCUGUUCUUCAGACACCUCUGCCUCUCCCCCUUCGCGUUGUAAGCUGACGUAGUUUCACGUGAGGAAGCAAACGAAGGAUGGAGCAUCAGUGCGCCUUCUCGCUCGCUCUCCCACCUCCGUGCCGGCCCCUCACAGCUGGAGUGCAGUGCACAGUCUCGUUCUAGACGGGUUUGUGUUUGUUUCAAAAAGGGAGAAGAAUCACCUCCAGCACGUAGAGAGUCUUGUUUUUACUCAUUUUCACUUCUUUGUGGGGUUCUCAUGCUGGAUUCUCCCACCAGCUUCCUGGGAAUGUGUGCCAUCCUCCAGUUUCGGCCUAGAACCAAGUUUUUUUUCAUGGCUGCCACAGGCUUACGUUUUCAGAAGAAAGGCUAUGAAAUACUUUGAAGGGAAGAGUAUAUUUGUGAAAAAACAAAAAAAGAUUUCCAAAGUGCAGAUGCUUGCUCCUGCAUCCUUGUAAAAACAGCAGAAGCCUCAGCUGAGCCCCCGGCCCUGUGCCAGGCCCCGUCUCCCUGGCCCUGAGGACAGGCCUCAUUUUUCCCCGCCCGGGAUAAAAGUCAGAACCAUUCUGUCAGACAGCCACCUGAAAUGUGUGCGCGCACUGCCUUUUUACAGACAAGACUUAAAGGAGCAGCGCUGAGUAUGUUUGUACUUUGAAAACUCUGUCCAUCCAAACAUUAAGAAAUUCUUAAAUCUGACGGGAUUGGAGGAGAGGGUAUGUGUGGGGGGGAAUCUCCAUCCCUUAGAGCAGCCACAUGCUGAAAAUCACCCUGCUGGACGUUUUUCUCUCUUCCAUAGCAUCCAACCUUGACAAGUUGAGUAGGACAAAUAAAUUAUUAAUUUAUAUAAAAACAUCAUUUUCCGUUUCUAACCAUGGUUGCCUUUAAGACCUGAGGAUACUAAACGUGGAAGAGUAGGCAGGAACUUCACAAAUAACGAAAAGCACUGUGCUUGCUAAGGAAAACCGAUGUUGCUAAUUCUAAUGAAAUUAGAUUUAGAACAGAAAACAACUUAGAAAUCUUGAGUAAUUUACAUUUGCAAGUCAAUUUUCCAGGGGUCCGGUAUUUUUAAGCCGCCUCAGUGUAAAAAGUCCUUAUAUAAUUAGCUUUAAUAGCUUAUUUUUCUGAUUGAUGUACUUGGAAAACCUAUUGUUCCUGCAUAAAGUAAUUCUCAGUUUUUCUGACCUACCUUUUUUGUUUUGCCUUUGAAAGAAAAAUAUUUGCUUCCAAAACUGCCCCUUUGUAGCAUUAUAUCUGUCUUACAUAGUAGCUGGUUUAUGACAUCAUGGUAAGUGGAAGCAAGAAGAAUAGCAUGGCAUUAAUCUUUAUACCCUGUGGACAUUCUUAGCAAUGUUAGUGAAGAGAGCCGAAUUUAAAAAUAGACUUCCGUUUUACUAAUUGACAUUUCUUAAGGCUUUCCAUCAGCUCGGUGCCUCUUAAGCAGUGGCGCUUUGCUGUAGUAGAAGGCAGGCCUGAAUGUCAGCUUGUGCUCCCUGCCAGCUCGCAGGUAGGUAGUGUUCAUCUGACCUCCUUUCCAUGCUCUUCAGAACCCAGGGGAUACCCAAAUAUUUUUAUCCUCAUAAUGUUGAUUCGUUACUCCUUAAAAUGCUUAAGAUGGCCUUGAAUGGGAUGCAAAAUCUGAUCACUUGCCGUUUCUUAGAAAUAAAUUGCCAAGAAUUGUG